CGGCUGGACUGGCUCGGGGCUGCGUGGGGCUUACCGAACCCGGGAACGCGGGUGUCGUGGGUGGGAACGCGUAGUCCUGGGACCGCCGAGUCUGGGCGCGGGAGAUGGCGGCGCGAUGGAGCAGCGAGAACGUGGUGGUGGAGUUCCGCGACUCCCAGGCAACUGCAAUGUCUGUGGACUGUCUGGGGCAGCAUGCAGUGCUUUCCGGCCGCCGAUUCCUAUACAUCGUCAGUCUAGAUGCCCCCUUCGAAGGUCACCGAAAGAUCUCACGCCAGAGCAAGUGGGACAUUGGAGCCGUGCAGUGGAAUCCUCAUGACAGCUUCGCGCACUAUUUUGCAGCCUCGAGCAACCAACGUGUCGACCUUUAUAAGUGGAAAGACGGCAGUGGGGAAGUCAGCACGACCUUACAAGGCCACACUCGUGUCAUCAGUGACUUGGACUGGGCAGUGUUUGAGCCAGAUCUCCUGGUCACCAGCUCUGUGGACACCUACAUCUACAUUUGGGAUAUCAAAGAUACACGGAAGCCGACCGUUGCGCUGUCUGCUGUAGCGGGUGCCUCACAGGUCAAAUGGAAUAAAAAAAACGCUAAUUGCCUUGCCACCAGUCAUGACGGGGAUGUACGGAUAUGGGACAAGCGGAAGCCCAGCACAGCAGUGGAGUAUCUCGCAGCCCACCUCUCCAAAAUCCACGGCCUGGACUGGCACCCAGACAGCGAGCACAUUCUUGCUACCUCCAGUCAAGACAACUCUGUCAAGUUCUGGGAUUACCGCCAGCCUCGGAAAUACCUCAAUAUUCUCCCUUGCCAGGUGCCUGUCUGGAAGGCCCGAUACACUCCUUUCAGCAAUGGAUUGGUGACCGUGAUGGUUCCCCAGCUGCGGAGGGAGAACAGCCUGCUCUUGUGGAAUGUCUUUGACUUGAACACGCCGGUCCAUACCUUCGUAGGCCAUGAUGAUGUGGUGCUGGAAUUCCAGUGGAGGAAACAGAAGGAAGGGUCCAAGGACUACCAACUGGUUACGUGGUCACGGGAUCAGACCCUGAGAAUGUGGCGGGUGGAUUCCCAGAUGCAGAGGCUUUGUGCAAAUGACAUCUUAGAUGGUGUUGAUGAGUUCAUUGAGAGCAUUGCUCUUCUGCCGGAACCAGAGAAGACCCUUCACACUCAGGAUACAGAUCACCAGCACAACUCCAGCCACGGGGAGGAAGAAGUCUUAAAGGAAGACCCCCCAAGCAGUCUCCUGGAAGAGAAGAAAUCAGAGCAGCUGGGCCUGCCUCAGACUCUGCAGCAGGAGUUCUCCCUGAUCAACGUGCAGAUCCGCAAUGUGAACGUGGAGAUGGACGCAGCAGACAGGAGCUGCACAGUGUCUGUGCACUGCAGCAACCACCGCGUCAAGAUGCUGGUGAAGUUCCCUGCGCAGUACCCGAACCACGCGGCCCCUUCCUUCCAGUUCAUUAACCCCACCACCAUCACAUCCACUAUGAAAGCGAAGCUGCUCAAGAUCCUGAAAGACACUUCCCUGCAAAAAGUGAAACGCAACCAGAGCUGUUUGGAGCCCUGCCUGCGCCAGCUCGUCUCCUGCCUUGAGUCUUUUGUGAACCAAGAAGACAGCGCUUCCAGCAAUCCCUUCGCGCUCCCGAACUCUGUCACGCCACCCCUACCGACAUUUGCCCGGGUGACCACCGCCUACGGGUCCUACCAGGAUGCCAAUAUUCCCUUUCCCAGAACCUCGGGGGCCAGAUUCUGCGGGGCAGGGUACCUGGUGUAUUUCACAAGGCCCAUGACGAUGCACCGAGCGGUAUCUCCGACUGAGCCUACUCCGAGGUCUCUGUCAGCUUUGUCUGCCUAUCAUACUGGCUUGAUUGCGCCCAUGAAGAUCCGCACAGAGGCCCCUGGGAACCUCCGUUUGUACAGCGGGAGCCCCACGCGCAGUGAGAAGGAGCAGGUCUCCAUCAGCUCCUUCUACUACAAGGAGCGGAUGUCUCCUCGCUCUGCCCGGCGACGUUGGUCCAUACAAGCAAUUAACGACUUCCCGAAAUCAAGGAGAUGGAAAAGUAAGCGUGAGGGAUCGGACUCUGGGAAUCGACCAAUCAAGGCUGCUGGGAAAGUGAUCAUUCAGGAUAUUGCCUGCCUUCUUCCUGUUCACAAGUCAUUGGGAGAACUAUACAUAUUGAAUGUGAAUGAUAUUCAAGAAACAUGUCAGAAGAAUGCCACUUCUGCCUUGCUUGUUGGAAGGAAGGAUCUCGUCCAGGUUUGGUCGCUGGCUACAGUAGCUACGGAUCUUUGCCUCGGUCCGAAGUCUGACCCAGAUUUGGAAACACCCUGGGCUCGACAUCCAUUUGGGCGACAGCUACUGGAGUCCCUGCUGGCUCAUUACUGCCGGCUCCGGGACGUGCAGACGUUGGCUAUGCUCUGCAGUGUGUUUGAAGCCCAGUCUCGGCCGCAGGGGAUACCAAACCCCUUCGGGCCUUUUCCCAGCCGCUCAUCUAACCUUGUGGUGUCCCACAGUCGAUACCCCAGCUUUACAUCCUCUGGUUCCUGCUCGAGUAUGUCCGACCCAGGAUUCAACACUGGUGGCUGGAACAUAGUGGGAAGAGAGACAGAGCACAUAUCUUCACCCUGGGGAGAGUCCUCACCAGAAGAAAUCCGAUUUGGGAGUCUGACCUACAGUGAUCCUCGUGAGCGAGAGCGUGACCAGCACGAUAAAAAUAAAAGGCUUCUGGACCCCGCCAAUACCCAGCAAUUUGAUGACUUUAAGAAAUGCUAUGGAGAAAUCCUCUACCGCUGGGGUCUGAGGGAGAAACGAGCUGAAGUGCUGAAGUUUGUUUCCUGCCCUCCUGAUCCUCACAAAGGAAUCGAGUUCGGUGUGUACUGCAGCCACUGCCGGAGUGAGGUCAGGGGCACGCAGUGCGCCAUCUGCAAAGGCUUCACGUUCCAGUGCGCCAUCUGCCACGUGGCCGUGCGAGGGUCGUCCAACUUCUGCCUGACCUGUGGGCAUGGGGGACACACCAGCCACAUGAUGGAGUGGUUUCGGACCCAGGAGGUGUGUCCCACCGGGUGUGGGUGCCACUGCCUGCUGGAAAGCACUUUCUGAACUGACAGCCCGUGGGAGUUGUGGGAAAUCCCAGAGAACCCGUCAAUGCCGGUUGACAAGCUCUCUGCCAGGAGAGAGGCUCCAGAACCCACCCCUAACUAGACAGGGAUGUGUUCUCCUCAGAGGCUGACACGGUGCCAGCUGUUCAUGAGCCUUUGCUUCUCUUUUGUUGGCUGUUGGUGGCAUGGAUGUCGGUGGAGGAGGACACAGGCAGGUGGAAGUUUUCUUGGAGAAAAGCACCUGCCUCCAGAGCCGUGUUUACCUUUAAGACGACAGCAUCCUUUCUGAUGCCAUCAGAGAGAUCAAGUUUGGUUGCAAAGGACAGUCUCCUGAGCCAAAGGACCGUGGACAAAUGGGCCUGUGACAUAAGUUUAUGCAUUUAUGACCUGAUGGACUGUGGCCUUUUAAAAUAUACUUAAGUUAUAAAUAUGUAAUGUACUUAAGGAUCCUUAAGAUGUAUUUUUCUGUUUGUUAUUUCUCUUCCAGCUAUUCUCCCUUGGCUAAUAAGAUUCUAGUCAUCGCUUGAAAAACAAAGAGAUGAGGUUGAACGAUAUUUUAGUGAAUGGUUUUUUAUUCUGCUUCUAAUUGAAAUUAACUGUUUGGCGUAGGACCAAAGUCAGCGCUCACAUUUUCAAAGGAAAUGCUGAUUUGCUUUUGUCAUCCGGCAGGAGAAAAUAGAAUUUGACAUUUAAGGUUCUUCCCAACCCCAAGAGUUUUUUUUUUAAUCAUUUCUUUUAACAAAGGAAAAUGAAAUUACAUGGCAGCAUUGCUGUGAGAGUCUCCCGUUGCCACUGUGUUGGUUGGCUGGGUUCCCGUAAGCGCCUCCACUCUUCCCUUGGGCUCCUUCAUAGGCUUUGACCCAUGUUUCUCUGCAUCCACCAGUUCUCCAGAAUGAUUCUCAAUGCUUCCCAUUUUGUAUGUGCCAGGAAAGAGACAUCUUCUUUUCAAUAUUGCUACUGAAAUUUAUAUUUAUUUAUUUUUAAUUUUUAUUUUUUUGGCUGCAUUGGGUCUUAGUUGCGGCACAAAGGGAUCUUUUGUUGCAGCGUGGGCUUCUCUCUAGUUGUGGCAUGCGGGCUUUCUGUCUCUAGGUGUGGCGCGCGGGCUCCAGAGCAUGUGGGCUCUGUAGUUGUGGCGUGUGGGCUCUCUAGUUGAGGCGCACGGCCUCAGUAGUUGUGGUGCGCAGGCUUAGUUGCCCCGCAGCAUGUGGGAUCUCAGCUACCUGACCAGGGAUUGAACCCAUGUCCCCUGCAUUAGAAGGCAGAUUCUUUACCAUUGGACCACCAGGGAAGUCCCUAUAUUUAUUUCUUAGAAUUUUACAAUUCCAAAUUGAUUAGCUUAAGAAAUAUAACUCCAUGUCUCAGAAUGUGAAAGUGUUGUACAUCACUGUGGGGUUUUUUGUUUGUCUUGUUUUGUUCUUGAAUUUUCAUUCAUUUAUUUAUUUUUUUGGCUGCACUGGGUCUUUGUUGCUGCGCAAGGGCUUUCUCUAGUUGUGGUGAGCGAGGGCUACUCUUCGUUGUGGUGCGCGGGCUUCUCAUUGUGGUGGCUUCUCUUGUGGAGCACGGGCUCUAGGUGUGCGGGCUUCAGUAGUUGUGGCAUGUGGGCUCAGUAGUUGUGAUUCAUGGGCUCUAGAGCACAGGCUCAGUAGUUGUGGUGCACGGGAUUAGUUGCUCUGAAGCAUGUGGGAUCUUCCCGGACCAGGGCUCGAACCUGCGUCCCCUGCAUUGGUAGGCAGAUUCUUAACCGCUGCACCACUGGGGAAGUCUGCAUCGCUGUGUUUUAAACUACAGGUCAGGACCCAUUAAUAGAUUGUGAAAUCAAUGUAGUGGAUAAAAACCAGAAUUUUAAAAAAUGAAACAGAGUGGAAGAGAGGUAUCAGAACUUACCAGACAUAGUGUAAACAUUAUUUUCUGUAACUUGUUUACCAGUGUAUAUGCACACACCUGCACAUGUGUAUAACAGAUCACAAUGUAAAUUCCUUCCUUCCUGAGGGUUGUGGUCAAAACGUUUUCAAAGCACUGUUUUGGAUGAUGCUUAUAUGAACAUCAUCCCUGUGUUACUGGGCACAAAACACCAUGUCAUAAGAAAGACCUGGAUCCUGUGCAGUGAGAGCAGAGCUUUAACCUUGGGCUGUGAUCCGAGGUAAGAUGCCAGCGUCUUUGCAGAGUGGGCUGAAUAACUAGGUGUAGUAGGUACAUGGGAGGUGGAUAAAGGAGGCGGCCAAAGACAUCGGAAUUUGUUCACUCUUGUUCACUUGUUUAUAUCGACACUGCUGUAAUGGCACCACGGGAUAAGUCGACAGGUUUUUACAGUAAGUCCCCUAUGUACGAACAAGUUCCAUUCCGAGAGCAUGUUCGUAAGUCCAAUUUGUAAGUCCAACAAAGUUAGCCUAGGAACCCAACUAACACAAUUGGCUGUAUAGUACCGUACUGUAAUAGGUUUAUAAUACUUUUCACACAAAUAAUACAUAAAAAACAAAUAAAGACAACAUUUUUAAUCUUACCGUACAGUACCUUGAAAAGUACAGUAGUACAGCACAACAGCUGGCAUACAGGGACUGGCAUUGAGUGAACACGCAAGAAGAGUUACUGACUGGAGGAGGGAGAGGAGGUGGGAGAUGGUAGAGCUGAAGGAUCGCCAGCAACAGGAGACAGAGGGCAAGCUGCAAUUUCACUCAUGCCUGACGUUGAUGGCAAAGGUUCCGGUUCCUUGCUGGACUGAAUUCUAUCUACCCUCUUGAAAAAACGGGUAGUAGCUCUUUUUUCUCGUCAUAGAUGACACGGUAGCACUGGAUUGCAUUCUGAAUGGCUGCUGCAACCUUCUUGUACCGUUCUGUGUUCGGGUCCUGUGCCUCAAAAACUAACAGUACCUCCUCAAAUAAAGAAAAUCCCCUUGCCAUUUCCUCCGUUGUGAAUCUCUUCGGUUCUUCAGUUACUUCCUCUUGUCUCUCUUCGUCCUUUCUCUGGGCCUCCAAUUCCAUCAGGUCUUCAUUAGUAAGCUCCUCGUGUUACCCAGCAACAGCACUGUACAAUAAAGUACACAAAAGCACAAUCACUUGUAGAGGAUGCACGUAUGUGACAAUGUAUGCCAGACACGUGAACUAACUUACUUGAUGGGACAGGCACGUUCUCAUCUUUGAAAGUUUGCAACUUGAAGGUUUGUAUGUAGAGGACUUACUGUACUGAGGAUCUGUCACGUUCCUCAAUGAAGUCACACCAUUUGCAGAGAACAAUCUUUUCCUGUUCCCCCAGUGCUUGAGCUCAUGUCCUUUGACUCUGUUCCCUUAUGGCAGUUAUCAUUAUUUUCCAGUAAGACUUGUGAUUGAAAAGCAGUCAAAACUUUCAGGAAUAGAUAAAUGGAUGUGAACUCGGCCUUCACUUUGAAAAUGUACAACUAAUCCUGGAAGACUGGUUAUUACCUCCCGAACCAAGUAGCAGAAAUCCCUAGCUUUGCCACCAAGGGGGAUGCCUGUUAGUGUUUGGGAAGUCCUGUAUGGGAAGGCCCAUGGAUAAAUUCGUUUAAUUUGGACUAACAGAAAAAAAGGUAGGAAAAGCACAGACAGGAGUAUCCGGCUUUCCCUUCUAUCUUAAAGAUAUUCCUCUUACAGUAACACAACUCUCGUAACAAUCUCUUAGUACUGUCUUUAUUUGGCUACGUUCAGCCAAGAUACAGUAUAAAGGAUGCGAAGCGAUUGGAUAGAGAUGAUGUCCCUUUUCUCACUGAGCUCAGCUUUGCUGUCACGGCUCUGGAUUGCCACGCAGGAAAGCACUGUCUCUCACUCUCUGUGCUUUCAGAAGAUUGAAAGUAUGGCCUCCAUAAGCUGGCCCUCCCUGCUAGAUGCCUCUGUGUCCAAACUGGGAGUAACUCUGGUUUAAAGGCCUGGGGCCAGGCCAGACAUUACUGUCUUCUGCCACUAUCUUGAUUUAGAGAGAAUCGUUGAUGAAGAACACCUCCAAAACCGUCUCUGUGGUUUUUCUUCCUUUUCUAGUGGAGAUCAGAAAUGGAAGAAAGGGAGAAAAGAUCAACACUGGUAUCCAAAAUAGGUGGAUUUUCUUUCCUGUCAGGAAAAUGUCCCACUUUUCCCAAACCUUGCUGGCUUUUAAGAGGCUUGGGCCAACCUGUUUCUUAAUCAAACAUUUUUCCUUCCGUAAACAUUUUGGACACAGACGCAACAGAGGUAAAAUAGGUGUGCAGUACAAAUAGAAAAUAUACUCUUUCUUGUUUUAGCCACAAAAAGCUUUGAUAGAGUUGGAAAUCCUGAAAUAGAAAUGGUCGAAGGAAUUCCAGGUGAAAUUUUUUCAGAGCCUAGAGCUUCCUGACUUUCUACCUUUUUAAACCUGAGAAACUGUUAACACUAGGUGGCAGCAGAGAUCUAGACUUGGUGAAUCUGAUAGCUUCCUAAGACUGAAAUGAGGUUGCCGAUAAAGAUUAAACCAGACUAGUCUAUACCUGGUUCUCCAGUUGUGAAAGGAAAGAUCUCCUCAAUUCAUCUAGGUUCAUCGAUCCGGUGAUUGAACAGAUAUAUGCCAUCGGAAAAGGAAAGCUAGUUGAAGUCGUGCCCAUCACCUCCUCUAGUAUGAAAAUUUCUCACACAUCAUGGCAUUCCCUCUACCUACCUCAUUAUGUCCUUUCAUUCAAAGAUCAACUUUGGGUUGGCAAACAUUUAAUACGUCUCAAUACAUUAAAACUUAAGUAACGAGUUUUUUUUUAAAGGACAGAUUCUACUUUUCCACCCAUCCACUUAACAAGUAUCCGUUCGGUUUCAGGCACUGUGCUACCCUUUGUAGAAACAUGCUUGUUCAUUAGACAUGAUUCCUUCUGUUUCAUGAUCUUGCAUUUUAGUGUGCGCUAUGCUUAUAACGAAGGUCUUCUGGGUUAGAAAUUUGGAGUGGUGGAAAUAGGGGCUGUGAAUCUCAAGACCUGUGUUCCCACCCCAGCUUUGCUGUGUGACUGUAGUGCAGGCACAGAGCUUCUGUAAAUCUCUAAUUACUCACCUAUUAGGAAAAGGGGCAGAACUAUUUCAGGUGUUGCAAAUUCCAAAGCUUAUGGGGAUCAGGCACGUACCAGAAAUACAGGAAGCAAGUGGAUGUUAUGAUUUGUUUUAUAAAGACACUUUAAGUGGAAUUCUUUAGAAAGACAUUUUGCAUAUGAAGCACAUUGGACUGUUUUCUCUUACACAAAGAAUUUGUCUUCUCUCCCAUUUUUUUUCUUGAAACCCUCAGCCUUCUAGAUCUUCCAUUUGUCUUCCCAUGUUGGUAGAGUCACAGUGUAAAGCGUUUUAGUUCAGCCACAGCCGACUUUACCACAGCUGGGAAUAAUCAGUGAAAGAGAAGUAGCUCACAGAAUCUAGGAGGGCUGGAAAUCAGGCUUGGGGUCAUGCAGCCAAGGGGAGUGUUAAAAUACAGGAUGCCCCGGUCGAUUUGAAUUUCACUUGGAACAUACAAGUUGUUCAUCUGAGGUUCAAAUUGAGUGGAGAUCUUGUAUUUUUUGUUGUUGUUUGGCUACGUUGGGUCUUCGUUGCUGCGCGCGGGCUUUCCCUAGUUGUGGCGAGCGGGGGCUACUCUUCUUUGAGGUGCGCGGUCUUCUCGUUGCAGUGGCUUCUCUUGUUGCGGAGCACGGGCUCUUGGGUGCGCAGGUUUCAGUAGAUGUGGCACACGGGCUCAGUAGUUGUGGCUUGUGGGCUCUAGAGCGCAGGCUCAGUAUUGUGGCGCAUGGGCUUCGUUGCUCCACGACAUGUGGGAUCCUCCCGGACCAGGGCUUGAACCCAUGUUCCCUGCAUUGGCAGGUGGAUCCUUAACCACUGAGCCACCAGGGAAGUCCCAGAUCUUGUAUUUUUAUUUGCUAAAUCUGGCGAUCCUCACCAAGGGUCGUGCUUAAAUUAUACCCUGAGAUGAUUCCAGCUGCUGGCUCCAGCAGGGCCCCCACUUUGAGCAUGGGAUGCCACCCCUCCAGGUCUCUGCCAGCUCUGACUCUGGGGUCUCACCCUGAAUCUGUUCCUCAUGGCUCCUUCUUUGUAUCACCUGUCCAAAAUGAGGUCUUGAAAAGAAGGCCAAUAGCCAAUACAACAAAGGAAAGAUGCCCCGUCUCACGGGUAAUCUGGGACAUGCAAGUUAAGACAAAAGAUAGCAUUGGUGAGGCAGUACGCACAGUGCUAAGAGCCUGGACCCUGUGGCCUGAAUGUGUGGAUUGCAUCUCAGCUUGCCUGUAUCCUUGGCAUUGUGCCUCACUUUCCUCUUCUGUCAAGUAUGAGUAACAGUGCUUACCCCAGUGGGGUCAUUUUGAACAGUAUAUUUUUCUGAAUUUCCAAGAUUGCUUCAAAGUUCAUCGUGCUCUGGCAUAGAGUUCUUUCUGCUCCCUCGGCAGGGUCUCCUAGAGAAUGAGGGGUCUCCUAACUGCCUAAUAAUCAGCCUCGCCGUCACAAUUUACUUUGGAAACCCUCAGGACUCAAUUCGUCAUGGCCUGUAACCUUGCUUAUGUCAACAGAGAAAGUUAAUAAAUGUAUGUCACUCGGCCAGAUGAUCAAGGUCAGCAGUGACAGUGAUUAGUCAUGUUGACAGUGUGAUACGAUAAUGUGACGAAUAGGGCAUUUUACCUCUAUGGUCAUCCUCUCCCAAAUCCAUAAGCCCAGUCUAAUCAUGAGAAAAACAUCAGACUAAUCCCAGCUGAGGGACAUUCUACAAAAUACCUGGCCAGGACUCCUCAAAACUGUCAAGGUCAUCAAACAAGGAAACUGAAAAACUGUCACAGCCCAGAGGAGCCAAAGGAGACGUGACAACUAAAUGUGACGUGGCAUUCUGGAUGGGACCCUGGAACAGAAAAAGCACAUUAGGGAAAAACUAAGGAGAUCUGAGUAAAGGAUGAACUUUAGUUAAUAAUAAUGUACCAAUCAAUAUUGGUUUAUUCAUUGUGACAAAUGUACCAUAUUAACGUACGGAGUUAAUAAAUAGGGAAACUGGGUGUGGAGUGUCUGGGAACUGUCUGUAGUAUCUUUGCAAUUUUUCU